AACCCACGGCAGGUAUCGCAUAUGGGCUUUAGUUUCUUGUUACUCCAUCCCUGCGAUAUCCGGUGUGGUUAUAAGCUUAAAUACAGAGGGAAAGCGCACCGGAGCGCCUUGUCCCACUCUUAUGAUUACGGAGUGACUGGUGGACGCCACCACGGGGGAGGUGUCAGCCAUUCUCUAAUAGGGAAAGGACUACUCUUUGAAUGGGAUAAAGCUUGCCCUUUCGACAGCAUCAAAGCAUAUCUGAUGAAACCCCCAGUCCUUAUGAGCCCGAACGGAGAAAAGCAGUCCGAUCCGAAGAAAGCCGGGAUCGGCAUAGUCUUCCUGACACCGGACAAAGCCCUUAUUCCCUACUCCUUUGCUUUGACAGAAGAAUGCUUCAAUAACGAGGUCGAAUACGAGUCCGUGAUCGCAGAACUUGAGUUAGCCUUACAGAUCCCGAUUGAAGAACUGACAAUAUACGGGGACUCGGAAUUGAUCGUAAAACAACUCCGAGGAGAAUAUGUGGUGAGAAAAAAAAAAGGGGUGAACGCUCAAGCAGACUCGCUCGCAAGCUUGGCAGCUUCUUUGAUUCUCCCGUCUGAAAAGACUGUGACUAUCACGAGCAGAGAACGAAGGGUCUUGCCAACCCCUACGCGAAAUCACCCAGGCGGAGCCAGUUAACAUGAUAACUGCUAAAGAAGGCAAGGAAGAUUGUCGAGAACCCUUCUAAACUGCCUCCAGCACGGAGGCUACCUGAAGACCG